AUAAGCCGCUAUAGCUCUGCUAAACGGGACUUUUCCUCUUUUUACUACAAAGAGCAGCCGCAUAUCAUCUGUGAGAUCAACAACAAUAUUUGCAAAAUGCACGUCAUAAAGAGAGAUGGACGCCAGGAAGCAGUUUGUUUUGAUAAAAUAACUUCUCGAAUCCAGAAGCUUUGCUAUGGGCUCAAUGCUGACUUUGUGGAUCCAGCUCAAAUCACUAUGAAGGUGAUCCAGGGGCUGUACAGUGGAGUGACCACUGUGGAAUUGGACACUUUAGCUGCAGAGACCGCUGCUACACUGACCACCAAACACCCUGACUACGCCAUCCUCGCUGCACGCAUCGCUGUGUCCAAUUUGCACAAAGAGACCAAGAAAGUAUUCAGUGAUGUGAUGGAGGAUUUAUACAACUAUGUUAAUCCACUGAAUAAACUCCACUCUCCUAUGAUCUCAAAGGAGACAUUUGACAUCAUUCGUGAGAACAAAGCACGUCUCAACUCAGCCAUCAUUUAUGACAGAGAUUUUACAUACAACUUCUUUGGCUUUAAGACUUUGGAAAGGUCAUACCUCUUAAAGAUCAAUGGCAAAGUUGCUGAGAGGCCCCAGCAUAUGCUCAUGAGAGUGGCUGUGGGGAUUCAUAAACAAGACAUGGACGCAGCCAUUGAGACCUACAACCUGCUCUCAGAGAAAUGGUUCACUCACGCCUCCCCUACACUGUUCAAUGCUGGCACCAACAAGCCUCAGCUCUCCAGUUGUUUCCUUUUGGCCAUGAAGGAUGACAGCAUUGAGGGCAUUUACGACACCUUGAAGCAGUGUGCUCUCAUCUCUAAAUCUGCUGGGGGCAUUGGAAUAGCUGUGAGCUGUAUCAGAGCAACAGGCAGCUACAUUGCUGGGACAAAUGGGUGUUCAAAUGGACUGGUCCCUAUGUUGCGAGUAUACAACAACACAGCGCGCUAUGUUGACCAAGGAGGAAACAAGAGACCUGGGGCAUUUGCAGUCUACCUCGAGCCAUGGCAUUUUGAUGUGUUUGAGUUCCUUGACUUAAAGAAAAACACUGGUAAAGAGGAGCAGAGAGCCCGCGAUCUGUUUUUUGCUCUGUGGAUCCCAGAUCUUUUUAUGAAACGUGUGGAAAGCAAUGGGGAUUGGUCCCUGAUGUGCCCCAAUGAGUGCCCAGGCCUGGAAGAGUGUUGGGGAAAAGAGUUUGAGAAACUUUACACUCAAUACGAGAAGGAGGGCAGAGCCAAGCGUGUGGUGAAGGCCCAGCAGCUGUGGUAUGCCAUUAUUGAGUCACAGACAGAGACGGGUACCCCAUACAUGCUCUACAAAGAUGCAUGCAAUAGGAAGAGCAACCAGCAGAAUCUAGGCACCAUCAAGUCCAGCAACCUGUGCACUGAGAUUGUAGAAUACACAAGCAAAGAUGAGGUUGCAGUUUGUAAUCUGGCAUCCAUUGCUCUCAACAUGUAUGUCACCCCGAAAAGGACAUUUGAUUUCAAAAAGCUAGCAUCUGUAACUAAAGUCAUCGUCAGGAAUUUAAACAAGAUUAUAGACAUUAACUACUAUCCCAUUCCUGAGGCCAGGAGGUCUAACAUGCGCCACAGACCUAUUGGGAUCGGUGUUCAGGGUCUUGCGGACGCCUUCAUUCUCAUGCGUUAUCCAUUUGAAAGUGAAGAGGCCCAGUAUCUCAACAUCCAGAUUUUUGAGACCAUUUAUUAUGCUGCUUUGGAGGCCAGCUGUGAACUAGCUGCCCAAGAUGGACCUUAUGAAACAUAUGCUGGCUCUCCUGUUAGCAAAGGAAUUCUUCAGUACAAUAUGUGGAACAAAACCCCAACAGAUCUGUGGGACUGGGCAGCUUUGAAGGACAAAAUUGCCAAGCAUGGUGUGAGGAACAGCCUCCUCCUGGCCCCAAUGCCCACAGCCUCUACUGCCCAGAUCCUCGGCAACAAUGAGUCCAUUGAGGCUUACACCAGCAACAUUUACACUCGCAGGGUGCUUUCAGGGGAGUUUCAGAUUGUGAAUCCUCAUCUGCUUAAAGACCUCACAGAAAGAGGGCUGUGGAAUGAGGACAUGAAAAACCAACUUAUUGCUCACAAUGGAUCUAUUCAGGAUAUUGAGGAGAUUCCUGAUGAUCUAAAGCAGCUCUACAAAACUGUUUGGGAAAUCUCUCAGAAGAUGGUCCUUAAGAUGGCGGCUGACCGUGGUGCAUAUAUUGACCAGAGCCAGUCUCUGAACAUUCAUAUUGCUGAACCAAACUAUGGCAAACUCACAAGCAUGCACUUCUAUGGGUGGAAGUUGGGCCUGAAAACUGGCAUGUACUACCUGCGCACAAAGCCUGCAGCCAAUCCCAUUCAGUUCACUUUGAACAAAGAGAAACUAAAAGAGGCCCAGGCAGCAAAGAGCAGCGAAGAGGAGACCAGGGAGAAGAACACAGCUGCUAUGGUCUGCUCAUUAGCCAACAGGGACGAGUGUCUCAUGUGCGGUUCUUAAGCAGUUUGACCCCAUCUGAUUAUUUACCAGUUAUACCUCAG